AUGUUAAACCACAUAACAACAGGUCUUAAUGCUAUUCAUAAAGCUGGAUUAGUUCAUGAUGACCUUCAUAUAGGAAAUAUUUUACAUGAUGAUCAUGAGGGAACAAACAUUACAGCUUUACCUUCUUUUAAACAAAUUG